UAUUCUUAAGGAAUUCUCUCCUUUAGAAACACUUAAAAGGGCUUCAAAUCGUACCAACCUUUUCUACUUCUUUCCAGUCCUGCCCGCUUGUCUCCCCUGCCCUGGGAUAGUGAAAAGCUAGGAUUGGUUGGCAUUCGUAUGCAAAGCAGGUAAAUGGAUGGCCCUUUUAUACGUCUAAAGAUAUAAGGGAAGGAGACCAAGGUAAAAUCUGUCUGUGAUUGUGCACACUGGAUAGUCUGUUUCUGUUUGUGCAUAUGUAUAGCGGAGAGCACCAGGAAUUCUUGACUCUGUGGUCUCAUCUUGUGUUUCAGGGUUUCCUAACCAUCCCUGCAAGUUCUAGGCUCAGAAUUUGUAACUAAGGCUGAUGGCUCUACCUUGACUCUGAUGUGCCCUUGUCAUCGUGGCUCUAAGAUGAGACUUAAGCAGUUGGCUCACUGCUAGAGAAAUAAAGGAUAUCGCCAGAUUGCCUCCGCUGCAAUGUCAGCCCCAAGCAAGAGGAUGACCAGUUCUUCACGCUCCCAAAUCUUUCUAAUGUGGAAGCCAGACAAAGCUCAGAGAGGACCCCACAGUGUUGAAAAGGAAACCCUUGCUUCAAGACUCUUGCGUGACACUGAGACUUGUCGACAGAAUUUUAGGAAUUUUCCGUACCCAGACCUGGCUGGUCCUCGAAAAGCAUUGAAUCAGCUCCGAGAGCUCUGCCUUAAGUGGCUGAGACCUGAGAUUCACUCAAAGGAACAAAUCCUGGAGCUGCUGGUGCUGGAGCAAUUCCUGACCAUCCUGCCUGGGGAGGUUAGGACUUGGGUAAAGUCUCAGUACCCAGGGAGCAGCGAGGAAGUGGUGGCUUUGGUGGAGGAUUUGACUCAGAUUCUAGAAGAUGAAGCUGAUCCUCAGAACUCUGCCCUUUCCCAAGAGACCCCAGAGGAAGACCUCAAAGGAAGACAUGCUUUCCAGGCAGGGUGGCUAAAUGAUCUGGUGACCAAAGAAUCAAUGACGUUCAGAGAUGUGGCUGUGGAUAUUACCCAGGAGGACUGGCAGCUAAUGCGUCCCGUCCAGAAGGAAUUGUACAAAACUGUGACAUUACAGAACUAUUGGAACAUGGUUUCUCUAGGACUGACAGUAUACAGACCCACUGUGAUUCCCAUAUUGGAAGAACCAUGGAUGGUGAUAAAAGAAAUCUUAGAAGGCCCUAGUCCAGGACAGGAAACAGAAGCCCAAGAGGGUAAUCCAGUUAAAAACAUUCCUAAACUCACAACAGGUGGAACCCAGACCAUCAAAUUGGAAGAACCAAAUGACUAUGGUGACAGAUUAGAGACUCAAGCACCAGAUACCUUCAGGAAAAUUCCCUCUGGAGAAAGAAAUUUCUGUUUGAAGUCAGUUUUUUCACAAGAAGAUGAUCCUACAGAAGAGUAUCUUAGUAAAUAUGAUAUAUAUGGGAAUCAUUUUGAAAAGCACUCAAACCUAAUUAUACAGUUUGAUACUGAGUCAGAUGAUAAAACUUCUAUAUAUAAUGAAGGCAAGGUAACCUUCAAUCAUGUCUCAUAUGGUAUUGUACAUAGGAAAAUUUAUCCUGGAGAGAAGCCUUAUAAAUGUAAUGUGUGUGGGAAAAAGUUUAGGAAAUACCCAUCCCUCAUGAAACACCAAAGUACCCAUACCAAAGAGAAAUCUUAUGAAUGUGAAGAAUGUGGGAAAGAGUUUAGGCACCUCUCAUCCCUUAUUGCACAUCAGAGAAUGCAUACUGGAGAAAAACCAUACGAGUGCCACCAGUGUGGUAAAGCCUUCAGCCAGAGAGCACACCUUACUAUACAUCAGAGAAUUCAUACAGGAGAGAAACCAUAUAAGUGUGAUGACUGCGGGAAAGACUUCAGUCAGCGUGCACACCUUACUAUACAUCAAAGGACACAUACUGGAGAGAAACCAUAUAAAUGCUUGGAAUGUGGUAAAACCUUCAGCCACAGUUCAUCACUGAUUAAUCAUCAGAGAGUUCAUACUGGAGAGAAACCUUACAUAUGCAAUGAGUGUGGGAAAACUUUCAGUCAGAGUACACACCUUCUUCAACAUCAAAAAAUACAUACUGGAAAGAAACCAUAUAAAUGCAAUGAGUGUUGGAAAGUAUUUAGUCAGAGUACUUACCUUAUUCGACAUCAGAGAAUUCAUUCUGGAGAGAAGUGUUAUAAGUGUAAUGAAUGUGGAAAAGCCUUUGCUCAUUCCUCAACUCUUAUUCAGCAUCAAACUACUCACACUGGAGAGAAAUCCUACAUAUGUAAAAUAUGUGGGAAAGCCUUCAGCCAGAGUGCAAAUCUUACUCAACAUCAUAGAACACAUACUGGAGAGAAACCAUAUAAAUGUAGUGUGUGUGGAAAAGCAUUCAGCCAGAGUGUACACCUUACUCAACAUCAGAGGAUUCAUAAUGGAGAAAAACCCUUUAAAUGCAACAUAUGUGGGAAAGCAUAUAGGCAGGGUGCAAAUCUUACUCAGCAUCAAAGGAUUCAUACCGGAGAGAAACCCUAUAAAUGUAAUGAAUGUGGGAAAGCUUUUAUUUAUUCCUCAUCACUUAAUCAGCAUCAGAGGACUCAUACUGGAGAAAGACCUUAUAAAUGUAAUGAAUGUGAUAAAGAUUUUAGCCAGAGAACAUGCCUUAUUCAACACCAGAGAAUUCACACAGGAGAGAAGCCCUAUGCAUGCCGCAUAUGUGGUAAAACCUUCACUCAGAGUACAAACCUUAUUCAGCAUCAGCGUGUUCAUACAGGUGCCAAACAUCGUAAUUAAUAGGUGUGGGAGACUGUAUUUAGGUGUUACAACUUAAUCAUUCAAAUUUUAUUCUGUACUCUUGAGUGUUAACACAUUAUUCAAAAGAAGUGCAAUAUGCUUGUAUGUUAGAUACCACUGAGCAGAAGUAUCCAUAUUCAUAAUGUGGAUAUAACCUGUAUAAAUUUAAUGUGAAAUUUGAAAAGAAAACUUCAUUCACUCCUUAACCUUUAUUUGAUUUAUUCCAGAAAGAAACCCUGUGAAAGUAAGAGUACUCAGAAACCUGUAACUCACCAACUCUUACUGUAUUUCAAGUACUAUGUGAGGCCUUAUGAAUUUAACUUGUGAGAGCUUCCAUCAAGUAGAGAGUAAU